AUGGCUCCACAACGUGCCGAUCAAACCCAGCGCCGUACAGCGCCCAAGAUGGAAUCAGAAAUGACGCCCGCAGAGCUUGAGGAGAAAACUGCAAGGGCUGCGCGUCUGAAAGCUAGAGUAGCGGGAUCAAUUGCCGAGUACGCUACAUCUGCUGGCCACGAUAACGAAGCUAUCAGGGCGGCUAAGGAUCAGGAUGCCGGAGCACUCAAGCGAAAAACGCCACUCGUUGAUGAUGAGGACGAGGAUGAGAAGUCGAACAAGCCUGCUGGAAAGAAAACUGCUAAACGUGAUGACGAUGACGAGGAGGUGGUAGAGAAGCCUGCCGAAAAGCAAAAGAGCUCUGCCAGUAUCGCUGAGGAUGACCAGGAUGAGGUAGCCGGUGACGCCGAGACCGCACACAUGCGAGUUACAAAGAAGACCACCGCUACCAAGUCGAAGGCGAACGCUACGAGCACUGGGCCAAAAAAGGCGACGACCAGAUCCAAGACCGAGCCAAAGCUUAGGAAGGAAGUUGAGCCCAGAGACAAGAUAGAAAAGAUUGCUUCCAACACGAAGAAGAAGGCGGCGCCCAGGAAGACCAAAAAUGCCGCUGCAAAAGUCAUCGAUGACGAGGACGAAGACGGGGAGCACGAGACACCAGUCCCGACACCAAUCCCGCAAGUCAUCACAGUCCAGCAUGGCAAGAACGCAGCAAAGUAUCUCGGCAUGAUCCAGAAGCUCGAAGAUAAGAUCCUGAACGAGGGUGCAGAGCCCGAUGCGGACGAAGAUAUCUUCCAGGCAGUGCUCAUGAGAUUUGAUGAGGCUAGAGUCCAUCUAGUGAAGGUAGAGAGGGAGGGUAGCAGGCUCAAGGAGGAGAGUAAGAAAACUGAGAUCGGGAAGCCGGCGGGGGAGAACCAAUCUGCUGAGGCGAAGGCAGCUGAGGAGGUGCCGAGUGCGGCGGAAGAAGAGCGUACAUCGGGAGUGGUCCUGGAACCAAUCGCCGCCAAUGCAGAGACUGGAAAGCCAGCUUUCGCUCCCGUCGAGAACGAAGCUGUAAGUCAGGAGUCGACAAGGUCGGCGACAACUGCACAGCUGACCAACGGCACAGCCGCAGCCGAGCUAGAAGCGCCUCAGCAGCAGGAUACGACCCCCGAGACAGCUCAACCAAGAUCUUGUGCUUCUGCCGUGGUCGUCUCCGAGGAACACAAGCGGCCAGCGAUGCAGGUCGCAGAUGAGAGCCUGCUCAGCCCUACUAUACCGAAGGAUAUGAGCAGCGCAUCGCAGGAAGAGCGCUUCGCAGACGACAAUCGCUACCGCUUCAUUCGCGAAAUCGAGCAGACAGUACCCGCUUUUACAUCUGCACCUGUUCUGGCUGCUCCACCCCUUCCGACUUUCGCAUCCGUUCCCACACACGCGCCAGCUCUUGGCCAGCAAGUCGGCUACACUGCUCCAACUAAAAGUAUUGGUGACGUAUUGUCGGAGCUGAGACAGCAUGCCGUUGACCUCGGAACCGUCCGUGUCGAUACUGCUCAGGUUGACGCAGCUGAGGCAACCACAAGUGGUGAGAACCAGACUGGACAAGACUCCAGCGAUAUUGCUGACCUAGCCGCGCCGGCUAAGAGUCUCCUCCGUGCUACUGAAGAACCAGGUCUGGGCGCGACGGUGACUAAUGACGUUGUCGACGGCGAGGAUGGCUAG